AUGCCCAAAAGAAAGGUCAGCUCCGCUGAAGGGGCCAUCAAGGAAGAGCCCAAGAGGAGAUCUGAGCAGUUGUCAGGGAAACCUCCUGCAAAAGUGGAAGCGAAGCUGAAAAAGGCAGCAGCAAAGGAUAAAUCUUCAGAUAAAAAAGUGCAAACAAAAGGGAAAGGGGGAGCAAAGAGAAAACAGGCUGAAGUGGCUAUCCAAGAAAAGAAAGAACAUUCACCUACAGAAAAUGGGGAAAUGAAAACUCAGAGUCCAGCCCCUGAUGAAGCAGGAAAGAAGCCAAGUCUGAUUAAUACCAUAUACCAUGUCUCUCAGUGGUCCCUGUCUCCCUUCUUGUACAAUCCAGAGGAAUAUAAUACAAAGCAUAUUAAAUGGCAAUAUGGAUUCCCGAGCUUCUGGGGGAUCCUGGGGUGGAUGCUGGUUUUCCUGUUGCUGCUUUGA